AAUCAGGCCGCGGCAGAGGCGGGAGGACGGUCUGCCGGACGUUCUGGCAACAGGUUCCUCUGGUAGUGGGGGGGUGAUUUUCCCCAAUGUCCUCUGGCCGUGGAAAAAACAUCUUCCUGAAUCAGCGCUGCGUGGAGUUGCCGCGGAUUCCUAAUAGAUGCCCCCAAAAAAAAAACUGACGGAGGAAGAGCUCGGAAACUGAACCAUCACUGCAGAAACAGAAAGCGACAAUGGGAACUCCUUCCGCGGACAGGAAGGCGCAGUUGGAUUACGGUGUCCAGAUCCGCUUCAUCAAAGACCUCCACGACACGGGCGGACUUCAGCCUGAAAAGUCGAGGGGAAACAACGCGACGCCUCCGUCCAACAAGUACGGAGUGGCCGUGCGGGUUCAGGGCAUCUCUGGCCAGCCGUAUGUGGUUUUAAAGGAUGGAGAGAAAGGCGACUCGUACGGCGUUCAGCUGUCCAAUCCCAAUCCCACUUCAGGGCCCACGUCUCCGUACAACACCAUCCCGAAGCGUAAAAAAGAGCCGGCAGAUUUCCCAAACUCCUUCAGCCCCGUCGUGAAUCCUUCCCGCUCCCCUGUCUCUCCAGCAGAGGAGGAAGACGGGGAGAUUUUUGGGAGCCCCCUUAGAAGACCUCCAGGGGAUGGUCAAGCAGGAACUCAAGGGGAGGAAGAAGGCAGGGCUGGUAGGGAACGUCGGGCGGAGAGGCCGAAGGAUGAACCCCAACCCAAAGCUACAGUCGGCAAAACCGAUAGGAACAUGAAUGGAACUGAGGAUGAGGAGUAUAACGAAGCAGGACUGAAGCCCGUGAAGGCAAAAUCUGCGGGACCUAAAGGGUUUAACCGUACCGCUUCUGGAUUUACCGGUUCUUUGGGGAGGAAACCUGGCAAAGACUCGUCCCCAAAGCAUUUCCCGGACCCUCCACCAGUGACCGGCGGCGAGCCCGCCCAGGCGAUCGACACCAACUCCCUGGCGCCCAUCAACAAGCUCAUCAGCAAGUUCAACAACAGCGCUCCAGGCGGCGCCCCGCAGACCAGAGGCCGCACCGGCGCCAGGCAGCGGCUCCAGUUCGAUGAACGCAGGAGGUCGAGGAGCCUCGACGCCCGGAAAGAUGCAGAGCCGCCUGCGUUCCCCGCCUCUCCUUCGUCGCCCGCUCUGAACCCUUACGCUGCUCCCGCAUCCGCCGCCUCCAGCUCGACGCCGUCUGCUCCAGCUACCGCUGUCAAGGUGACGGCAUCCAACGCCCCCAAGGCAAGCUUCAAGUCACCAGAGAAGUCUGCCGCUAAAGACGGCCAUCCAACUAUUGCGAAAAAGCCUGAGACCCUUCCAAGAAGCCUGAGUCAAAACGCAGAGGUUUUUAAAAGAGAAGAGGCUCCGGUCAAAGACUCUGUUUACAACGUCCUCAGAAAUGGCCCCAGUGAGACCGAGGGAUCCUUCAAAAGAAAAGCCAGCUUCGCCUAUGAGACUCCCAACAGAUUACAGCAAGGAGGAUCCGAUGAAGCCGUCAAAAAGGAGAAACUUGAGGAGCUUCAGAGGCAACUCGAACGUUACAAGAAGGAACUGGAGCAGGCGCAGGAUGAACUCGCUGCAGAGCAAAUGGCCAAGGAGGUGGCAGAGUCCCGUCUCCGCCUUCAGGAGGAUCAACUGGGCUCAGCUUCAGGAAGAGCUGAGGAGGAUUCGGAGAACCUACCCCAGUCUGACUCCUUCCAGUCGGAUGUGAUGAACCUGCAGGCCCAGCUGGCUGAAGCCACCAUGUUAUACCAGCGGCAAGAGGAGGUGCUCCACCAGCGAGAGCGUGAGCUCACUGCCCUGAAGGGGGCGCUGAAGGAGGAGGUGGAGUGCCAUGACCGAGAAAUGGAGGCUUUGAGGGAACAGUUCAGCCAGGACAUGAAGAACCUUAGGAGGAACAUGGAGGAGUUCACACAG